CAAUUCCUACUAAAACCCCAGGCUACCAUUAUAAAUUCGCCAGCCGCCUGUGUCACAUAGAAAAUACUCAUGUCGGAAUCGAGAGGGAAGGCUCUGGCUCGGCCGCCGGAGGAGGCCGUCGUCGGGGGCAGCGACUCGCGAUCGAAGCGGGCCCGCUUCGACCGGUGCUUCUCGGGGCUCGAGAUCAAGAUAGAGCCGGGCCCGCUCAAGGAGCUGGACCCGGAGAAGCUCAAGAACGAGAUCAAGCGCUGGGCCAAGGCCGUCGUCGCCUACGCCCGCCAACUAAGCAGCAAAUUUGGAAGCUCACGUGAGAGGUCCGACUCGAGAUCCGAUUCUCGGAGAGGAGGAGGAGGAGGAUCGAGUGGAGAUCGAUGAAGGCAGGUGAAAAGAGAUGAUUCGUUUUUUCAUUCUACAUAAUUGAGGGGGGGAAAAAAAACUGUUUUCGAUCGAACACUUGACGGAAAGUUGUUUUUUUUGGAUGCUUGGAGAGCAUUCGAAUCCAUUGGCUAAUGAUGGCGAAUGAACACGUUUUGGCCGGGUUGGAAUCUUGUGCAUGGAGUGCGGCAAUAGAAAUUAAGAUGGAUUAAUAACUCUAACUUCAAGGUUUACUAUUGUUCAUAGAUGUUUAUGUUCUCUUUCGUCCUCGUUUGCUUCUUUCGGUUUAGAAUUUCAUGCAUGUAUGGAUGCUUAAUGCAAAUUCAGUAUA